GGAGUUUUUAGCUGCUAUACAGAGCAAAGUACAGCACAACAUAGUAGGUUUUGUAAUAGCCUCUAAAUGCCAGGUAUUUCAGAUGUGAGGGAAAACAGCAGCUGACAGCUAUCCACCAUGCCUGCAACACACCGGGCUUUUGCUCUCAUCUCUCUGCUGUCCUUCAGCGCAGCAGCACCAACAGUAGACGACUGCAAUCAGCUGACCCAGCCUCUGCAAGCUAACGAGCUUCACCAGAUCCUGGGUAGGUGGAUCUUUAUUCAGGGGCUUGCCGGUAACGGUAGCUUGGGCGACACUUUGAGGUUUGUGGAAAGUACAUGGAUGGUGCUGAAUACAACAUCAGACAGUCGGACCCUGCAGGCAGAGAUAGCUGGCCGAGUGGUUCAACAGCUGGACCAGUCUGUUCAGCCACAAGUUCCAAAGAUGGAGGAUGCCUCCAUCCCAACCAAUUCCCAGGGACCUGAGCUUUCUUCAAACCCUAGCUCCCACCCUGUCAGCAGUUCCACACCCCAUCUGGUCAUGAAGGAGGAUCGCUGCCUCAGGAAUGUUCAGAACAUGUCCCUAGUUGAUGGCAAAGACUUAGAGUUCUACAUGAAAAUUGCCAGUUCCUAUCACAGGUUCCUGCAGACCUGCCCUGACUGUCUGCUCAUGCACACCUACGAUAAAGUAGCCAAUCACCAAUUGUUCUACUUGUUUGCGAGGAACAAGACUGUGACAGCUUCUGAUUUAGAGACCUUCAGAAAACAAGGUGAAUGCCUCAGGUUUCCCACGACACCCAAGUUUAACUACAACCCUAACAAUGGACCAGAAAAUGGUCCCCAGGCAGGCAAUGCUGCUCCUCUAGGCCGAAAGAAGUGCAUCUUCCCGGGGUAAGUCGCGACGAUCACCAGGGCACGAUCACUGGGGACUCCUUUCUACAGCACACACCACGUGACAACAAAUACGUCAUUUCCUGUUGAUUAAAAAAAAAUGCACCCUCUCACGGCCCUAGGGACCGAAAAUGGUCCCGCCCGAUCAGCGGGCGAAGCCGCUGCUGCACGCCGGGAAUCAGGCUUCCUUUCCCGCAGGUCUGUCUAAGCAGCCCGCUUGUCAUGGUCCUGGGUCGGUGACCCAGCGCUUUUAGUUUGUUAUCAUUUUCCAGAU